AUGUACCUGAUAGGUACUCACAUCUCAGUCUCUGGAAACAGAACUGAGAUGCUCAUCUGCAUGGGUGCUAGACUUUAUACUCUUCGGGCCUGCUCUCUUGGUCUUCUUCAACUCGAACGAUUCAGACAACAACAAGCCAUUCAACAAAUCCUAGCGGGUGAAACCAAGAUAAAGACUGUUUCUCUCGUAGAAUUAGGCAUCUCAGUCUUCCUCCCAGAUACUGAGAUCUCUCAUCUCAGCCAUGUGACCCUGUCUAAGAAACCUACAAGUAGAGAUAGAUGUUUAAGCUCUAUAGUGCUGUAUUUACUUCUCACCAAAUUUGCAGUGCUUGUCAAGUUGUCCUCUGUCCAUACUACUAUGCUACUGUGGUCCAGUCCUGAACCAUGGUUCAAACUGACGAAUCAGACCACACAUCUUAUUGUGCAACUCCUCCUGCAAGCCCAUCAUCCCACUCUCACGAAACCACCGCCUCCACCCCUAAAAUCAAUGCACCAACAAAGACAAAGGCAACCAAAACCACUGAGUUUGAGGUGUUAG